GUAUGAGUGAAAAAACAUAAAAGGCGUCCGGGCAGAGCCGUUGGCAGACUCCCAACUGUUGAGAAAGGAGAGAGAGGAUGGACGUGGGCUUUUGGGCUUGCAGAGUUCAAUCUGCCAACCAACAUUCUGCUAUGCAAGCCGCACGACACAACGCAGAAACACAUUUGAGCAUGGAUGAUUUUGAAGGAGAUGAUGACAUAUGUUCUUGCUUCCCAUGCCCGUUUUGUUACGUGGAUAUUGAAGUUCCUGUCCUCCGUAUCCAUCUACAGGAAGAGCAUUGCUUUGAUGUAAAAAAUGCGGUUUGUCCUGUGUGUGCAGGAAAUUUAGGAAAGGAUAUGAUUGGACAUUUCACAGUGCAGCAUUCGCAUUUGUUAAAGCGAAGGAGGAAAUCUCAAAGAAUGGGUGCAGCAGUGGUUGGCAAGGAUCUGCGAGAGCUUAGUUCUUUUCUUGGAGUAGCUUCCACUAAUGGUAGGGGGAAUGCUCCUGAUUCUGCUCCUGAUCCACUUCUCUCACCUUUUCUCUAUGGUUUGGCUCCUCCACAUGCCACCACAGUUAACCAAGACACAAGCUCUGUCGUUAAUGCAAUGGUUGAUUCAUUUUCUUCAGAAGUUCAAAGGGAGCCAACUACUCCAAAUGGAGCAAGAGGACAACAGGCUGACGAAGAACGAAAUCAGAGAGCGGUGUUUGUUCAGCACCUGCUAGUGUCCACCAUUUUCUAAAUUCUAAAUUCCAGGCAGUAACGUUUAUUGGUGAGCUCACCUGUGAUUUCAGAGUCAUUAAGUGAUAGAAGAGGUCAGCUCAACCCACAAAUAGGCAUUAUCUACACCCGUUUGCAUUUUGUUGUAUGUAGUUAUAUCUGCUAGUUGCUGCAUUGCUACACAUUGGGGCAGAAACUAGCAUCAAAAUGCAUUUCAUGUAUUGUAUCUAUGUGCUUCUGUACACAUUCUCUAGAAUUGCAUUCUGCAACAUGCCAAAACAGACUCUUCUGUCUUCAAUCUAUAACACCAUCAUGGGUUGAUGUAACAGCUACUAUGCUUAUAGGCUUA